AUGGCGGCUAUCCCCCAUGCUACCUAUGAAAAUGAGACGCCCGUCGAAGUUGCCCAGAGCCACGGCGUAGGCGCUCUCAAGGAUAUCACUUAUGGCUCGAUUGCCGGAAUCGUGGGGAAAUGCAUCGAGUACCCGUUCGACACGGUCAAAGUGCGUCUUCAGUCGCAGCCAGAUGGCGUGCCCCUUCGAUAUACAGGGCCAUUGGAUUGCUUCCGCCAGUCUAUUCACAAGGAUGGCUUUCGAAGUCUUUACCGAGGAAUCAGCGCUCCUCUGACCGGUGCCGCGAUCGAGAACAGCAGCUUGUUUUUCAGUUACCGAGUUGCAAAGGACCUUUUGCAGUCAACAGUAUAUUCCUCCGAAUCAUUGCCGUUUAGUGGCCUGUUGAUCAGCGGUGCAAUCUCUGGUGCUUUUACGUCCAUUCUUCUCACUCCAGUUGAACUGGUCAAGUGCAAGAUGCAGGUUCCGUCGGCCUCGGGGGGGACCAAAACAGGACCACUAUCCAUCAUUGCAACCGUGUUCCGCCACAGUGGGAUUUUCGGUCUCUGGCGCGGGCAGAUGGGGACUCUGAUCCGAGAAACCGGCGGUUCAUCGGCUUGGUUUGGCAGCUACGAGGGUGUAUCAGCACUAUUCAGAAGCUACUCUUCAAAGGAACAAAGCCAUGCAAACACGCCGGUGACCCCUCUUCCAUUACACCAGCAAAUGCUCGCCGGAGCCGCUGCAGGCGUCAGCUACAAUUUCAUUUUCUACCCAGCCGACACCAUCAAGUCUCGCAUGCAAACAGAGGAUAUCGCGCUCUCUUCCGAGAGACGGUCUUUCUGGAGCGUUGGAAAGUCGCUCUGGAAGCAGCAGGGCUUAAAGGGUCUCUAUCGCGGAUGCGGAAUCACCGUUGCGCGAUCUGCUCCCAGCUCAGCCUUUAUCUUUUCGAUUUACGAGGGAUUAAACCAUUACAUAGGGUAG